GAGAAGAUUGUUGGCACAUCCAGUAAUUCAAGUGAGAGUACAGAGAAAUACACUGCUCUUGGAAGAUCAAAGUGUAGCGCCAUCGCAAAUGUCACAGACCAUACAUACUGCAGACAAACUCUGUCUGUCUUUGCCCUAUACUCCACCAAAUGAUGUCAUAAUUGGCGAUACAAUUAUCUCAAUUGAACAGGAACACCAUGCCAGUGGUCCAAAGUGUCUGUUUUUGACGAGAGAACAACAAGAGCAGGUGGAUGAAAUCUGGGAAGGCACAGCACCAAACAGUGUUGUUGCCUACGGUGAUGAUGGCCAGAAGUUGAGAGCUGCAGAAUUGUGUAGUCUGUGCCCAAACAACUGGGUGAAUGAUAAAGACGUUGUUACUAUACCAGUUCAUCUUCCUGGUCACUGGACAAUUGUGGUUCUGGACAUCAAGAGAGCUGAAAUCAAGUACCUUGAUUCAUUUCAACCAAACCAAACCAAUUAUACAGUUGUAGCACGCAUUCGAGAGUUCUUACGAUGUGAAGCAGCAAAAUGGAAGUUCAGUGUAUCAGGCAAGUGGCCUUGCAUAGCCGGAUUCUCUCUAAGAGAUUUCCCAAUUCAAACCAAUAAAGCAGAUUGUGGUGUUUUCAUAUGUAUGGUAAUUAAGCAGCUCCAAUGCCAUGAAGAUACACCUGUUGUCUGUAUGCUUAACUUUCUACAACAGCAUGCACUCUAUCAAAUGAUGAGGCUCUCAUACAACUUCAAAGAAUGCCACAUGUCAUUAGCAAGAUCAUGGAUUGACAACAUAAUUUGUCUCAAGAAAGAUUCACACUGCUCUUGGAAACUGACUUCAACUGCAAGGAAAACACAAGCAGACAACAACAGUGAUGUAGAAAUUAUAGAUGACAAAUCAACAGAAAGAGAUUCGCCAAGAAGUCUGUUGCAGAAGAAUGAUAUUUUACUUGUACAUGAUGAUGUCAGUGACAAUCAUACCUGUGUAACACCAACAAGAAAAAAUUUACAAGUUGUUCCGCUAUCGGAUAAACACAUCAGUACUCAUGCUCUUGAUAGUGACAGCAUACAGUUACAUCAACAAGUAAAAGCUACAGACUUCAAAGGUGGGGACACAAGAAUCAAGGAAAUCGAUGAAGAAACUUUGGAACGUGACCUGUUUAACACUUCUCUAUUGCGGUUAUGGCAACCUUUGAAGAAUGGAAGGCAGAAGAUGAUGAUGAUACCAUAGUAAGUUAUAUUAUAAUUUUGUAGACAUCAUUUGGAAUGUGUGUCAGUCCAACAACACACUAACAACACACAUAUUCACACAUUACAAAUAUGGUAG